UGUCUGUGAUGAGUAAUCAAUCAUUGGGGCUCUCUCCCCUUCUUCUUCCUUGUUUUGUGGAGUAUGGAGAUUAGGAAGGAAGGAAAGAAGUAAGGAGAGGGUGAGGAAGCCAGCAGCUGUACUCUCUCUUAUCCUUUAUUUACGCAGAGCAGAGGAUGAUGAUGAUGAUGAUGAUGAUGGGCAACACGCUGCUGCUGCUGUUCCUGGCCUGCUUCUUCAUCAAUCCUGCCUCUGCCCCUCCCACAAUGGAUGCGCCUUUGCACUCCAUCAAUUACCACCACCGCCACCCUGACGGCCAGUUUCUGGGUCUACUCAUGGCCUACCCGACUGAGGAGAGGGUCCUACAGUCCUCCGGUGUUUUUGUUCCGGAUCCCCUCACCCCUCUCUUUCACUUAGCCGGUAGAAGAUUCAACAUUGGCAAGAUCGGCAAUGUCCCCGUCGUUUACGUCAUGUCCGGAGAACAAAUGUUCUGUGAGGCCAUGAUGGUUACCCCGUGCAUAGGUCAGGUCAAUGCAGCUAUAACCGUGCAAAUCCUCGUCGACACCUUUGAUAUUCUGGGGGUUGUCCACUAUGGUACUGCUGGCAGCAUCAACAGCUCGCUGUCCCUUGGUGAUGUCAGCGUGCCCGCUUCUGUUGCCUUAACAAGUUCCUGGAAAUGGCUGCAGGAUUUCAAGUCAGAGGCAGCACAAUCACCUGAACUGAAGUUUGGGGACUAUAACCUGCCCCGGCAGGGACCUAACUUACUGGCAGCCGUGGAGUUCACCCCCACGCAGGUGUACUCCAACGGGCUGCCCAUGAAAGAGACCUUCUGGCUUCCCGUAGAUCCAAAGUGGUUUGACCUCGCCACUCAACUCCAGAAUGUGCAGCUGGAACAGUGUCUUAACAAGACAGAUUGCCUACCCGAGACUCCUAAAGUUGUUUAUGGGCUGCUAGGUGCCACUGCGGAUGUAUUCCUUGACAAUGUCGCAUAUGGCCAGUACCUUUUCCAAACAUUCAACAUCUCAACGGUGGACGAAGAAAGUGCUGCUGUCAUAAUGGUGUGUUCGUCCAAUGAAAUCCCGGGCAUUGUGUUUCGGGGGAUAUCAGAUAUGGCAGGCGGGGAACAUAAGCUGUUGUCGGGCAGCCUUAGUUCUUUAGCUGCAUCCAAUGCUCUCAGCGCUGCACUCAAGUUCAUCGGGAUGUUUGAUGAUGAAGGCCAGCAGACGGAGCCCCAACAACAGUGGCCAUUGAUUUGAAGCCAGGCCAGGGCUCGGCUUUUCCAGACAUUUCUAACACAUGGCCCGAGGUUCUUAACUACACAGUGUCAAUUUAUAGAACAGUGUUGCUGGAGUAUCUGCAAACACAAUCUUAUUUGCUCGACAGGACGGGCAGGGAGGUCUCCUUACUCAAGGGAUCAGCAAUUGUCAAUCCAACUCUUCAAGGAACCUAAGUCAGGUGGAUGAAAUGAGUUUAAAAAACUCGCACUCUCAUGACGAUCAAGUUGGGCAUGACAGAUGUUUCCUGCCCCCGCCCCCCCCCAAAAAAAAAGUCCCAGUUAGUAGUAAACUCUACUAUUUCAGAUCACUCUGCCAUUAAAUUAUGGAUUUUUCUCAGGCUAUCACCUCCGCUGCUUUUCAGAAUUCCCGGGACUAAUAACUCGAUGGUUAUACACUAUACCUGAUGCUUCUGGGGAGGGUCAAUGUUAGCUUGUGAGGUCACGGUAACUUUUUGAUCCUGGGAAUUUUAAUACUAUGUCUAGAACCGACUACCCAAGUUGGAAAAGAAAGAAAAGAGUACAAAACUGCCACAAUUAACUCCAGGAGAUUUCCAUAAUUGACCGCAUCCAUUCUGAUAAGGGAACAGAAGAGUUCAAGGUUAGAACAACCAAUUAACGUGCUUCAAUUCAGGGACAAUCUUUUUCUCUUUGAACAUAUAGUCGACCAGGUACGUGAUCAAGAAUAAUUGCUCAUAUCUGAUGUGCAGUUUCCAUCACUCUUACUAAUGAAAUCGAUACUUUGCAUGCACAAUACAAUGCAGUUUGCAUGGAAAGUUUAAGAAAUACAAUAGAAAGCCGACGAACAAAGGAAACUGGAUGAUCCGAUAUAUAGGGAAGUUAGGAGACCUGGCAUUCAACAGGCCGAAGCAGAUACUUGGCACGCUGUUCAUGGCCUUAAGAGUGGUUCUAAACUCUUAUCGAUCAAGAAACAUCUACUACUCUACCAACUCCUAUUUUAUGCAUAUAUAUAUAUAUAUAUAUGUAUGUAUGUAUGCUUAAAAGCAAGAGUUGAUCUGAGAUGGGAGGGGAUUGUCCGGUUCACCCAGUCGGACGGUUUUUUAUUCAGAAGGAAGGGAGUCAAUCAUUCACAUCAA